AUGCCCAUAGUCAUUCUUUUCAAGACCCUCCUUUCACUAUUCCUCAUCAUAUCAAUAUGGGCUUGCCUACUGAUACUGGUGGCCCUCGGAUCCGUCUACUGUACGGUCUCCACCAUCAGGACGAUUCUUCUCUCUAUGCCUCGAUCUGGUUCAGAAAGCGCUCUACUCGUCAGGGAUAAGGCGGCUGGUCCCGUACGUGGUUAUGGGGUUAUACCGAUCACGGGCGGGGCGCAUACAGCUUCAUCGUUGAGCCAGUGGAUAACCACCCGAUAUGCUGGCGGAGAGCCGUCUGUGCGCCCGGAACCGCUCGGUCUUCUCGGAUGUACUCCUGGAGCGCGCCUGGACGACUUUCAAACCCGAGAUCGAAUUCUACGAUCCGCUCCGGCCAAAGAUGAUCUACACCCCGUAUCAGCACAUCCAUCAGAAUCGAGACUUAUCUCAGCAUCCGCGUCCCUGCCAGUCUACUUGUUUCCCGAGUCCAUAGACAAGCUACAGCUCGAUGAUCAGCUGCAGCAGGCGACACCGGACAGACUGCGCGCGCACCUCAUCACCUUGGCAAGAAACCACAACUCGACGGUCCUCGCGUCGCCGCCUCGCAGUUCGAAUCCAGGCUCUGGCUCCACGGAGUAUCUGCCCACCCGCCAGGUUUCCCAGUCUCGCCGUGUCCCUCUCGCUCGUCGUCCAGUCUCGCUCCAGGUGCUGCAUGAACACGCUCGUGUGGCCGGCUUCCAGUCUCUGGCGUCACCGAACCCGUCCAUGUCGCCAGAAAUGCACGCUGGCGUACCACGUGGACCCAGUCGUUUGCCUCUGCGAUCCUUCUCGCUGCCUGCUUCUCCGCUGCUGGCUGAUGCCCAGUCUACGACCACGGGUGAAACAGCAAGUACAACGUCGACGACGCCCCGUACCGAAUGCGCCGUCUCUGUUUUCCUGCACGACGAAUAUAGCAUCCCCCGAGAACCGUAUGUCGAGCAGAAGAAGCGCCGCUUGCGGCCACUAUCGCUGGCUUCCCUUCAUCCGAUCUCCCCGCCGAUGUAG